AUGGGUCAAGAAGUUGAAGGUGACUCAGUUGGAGAUGAAUUCAAGGGUUACAUCUUCAAGAUUACCGGUGGUAACGACAAGCAAGGUUUCCCAAUGAAGCAAGGUGUUAUGCACCCAACCAGAGUUAGACUCUUGUUGUCUAAAGGUCACUCAUGUUACAGACCAAGAAGAACUGGUGAACGUAAAAGAAAGUCAGUUAGAGGAUGUAUCGUUGCUCAAGACCUUUCUGUCUUGUCCUUGGCUAUUGUCAAGCAAGGUGACGAAGACAUUGAUGGUUUGACCAACACAACAGUACCAAAGAGAUUGGGUCCAAAGAGAGCCAACCACAUUAGAAAAUUCUUUGGUUUGACCAAGGAAGACGAUGUCAGAGACUACGUCGUUAGAAGAGAAGUUACCAAGGGUGACAAGACAUACACCAAGGCUCCAAAGAUCCAAAGAUUGGUUACUCCUCAAACCUUGCAAAGAAAGAGAGCUUUGAAGGCUAAGAAGGUUAAGAAUGCUCAACACCAAAGAGAUGCUGCUGCUGAGUACGCUCAAUUGUUGGCCAAGAGAUUGCACGAGAGAAAAGACGAAAAGGCUACCUUGAAAAAGAAGAGAGCUGAAUCCGUCAAGGCUUAA